UUGCCACCCUGAGGCUGGAGAAACAAAAACUGCAAAGUCGUAAUUAGAAAUACUGACCUGUGCUGCAGACCAGCUUCAAAGUGACUCUGAGACUGAGGGCUGGGCCCUGCCCUCUCAACACUAAAGAUUCCAGAAUGCUGGGUGUCUAUGACUCUCAACACCAACAUUAAUGCCAUGUCAGGAAGAGAACAUUCCAAGCCAACAUUCUCCAUGUCAGGAAGAGGAAAUUGCAAGUAAAAUUGAGCAUUGAAGUUUUUAGGCAGUGGAAAGUUUGGGGCUCUUAUGAAUAAGGCUGUCAUGAACAUUUUUGUAUAAAUCUUCAUGUAGACAAAUGUUUACAUUUUUCUUGGAAACUGACUGGAGGAGAUGUCAGGAGAAAAUAAUUCCUCAGUGACUGAGUUCAUUCUGGCUGGGCUCUCAGAACAGCCAGAGCUCCAGCUGCCCCUCUUCCUCCUGUUCUUAGGAAUCUAUGUGGUCACAGUGGUGGGCAACCUGGGCAUGACCACACUGAUUUGGCUCAGUUCUCACCUGCACACCCCUAUGUACUAUUUCCUCAGCAGUCUGUCCUUCAUUGACUUCUGCCAUUCCACUGUCAUUACCCCUAAGAUGCUGGUGAACUUUGUGACAGAGAAGAACAUCAUCUUCUACCCUGAAUGCAUGACUCAGCUCUACUUCUUCCUCAUUUUUGCUAUUGCAGAGUGUCACAUGUUGGCUGCAAUGGCGUAUGACCGUUACAUGGCCAUCUGUAGCCCCUUGCUGUACAGUGUCAUCAUAUCCAAUAAGGCUUGCUUUUCUCUGAUUUUAGGGGUGUAUAUAAUAGGCCUGGUUUGUGCAUCAGUUCAUACGGGCUGUAUGUUUAGGGUUCAAUUCUGCAAAUUUGAUGUGAUUAACCAUUAUUUCUGUGAUCUUCUUCCCCUCCUAAAGCUCUCUUGCUCUAGUAUCUAUGUCAACAAACUGCUGAUUCUAUGUGUUGGUGCAUUUAACAUCCUUGUCCCCAGCCUGACCAUCCUUUGCUCUUACAUCUUUAUUAUUGCCAGCAUCCUCCACAUUCGCUCCACUGAGGGCAGGUCCAAAGCCUUCAGCACUUGUAGCUCCCACAUGUUGGCGGUUGUAAUCUUUUUUGGAUCUGCAGCAUUCAUGUACUUGCAGCCAUCUUCAAUCAGCUCCAUGGACCAGGGGAAAGUAUCCUCUGUGUUUUAUACUAUUAUUGUGCCCAUGUUGAACCCUCUGAUUUAUAGCCUGAGGAAUAAAGAUGUCCAUGUUUCCCUGAAGAAAAUGCUACAGAGAAGAACAUUAUUGUAAACAGUAAUAAUGAGAAGAUGAUAUAUUAAUCCUAAGUAGUGGACUAUUACAUUGUAUGAAUGGAUGUCUUUCACUUUAAUGCAUCUGUCAAUAAUUUUUACCAUUUGGUGAGAUUAUAUUACCAUUAUUUUUUUCAUUUCAUGACCCUUUGAUGUCAUUUCCCAUGUGGGGUUUUAACUCAUAUGUAUCAAUGAGACACAAAUUAAUAUAAAUACUAAAAUCGACAUGAGUACAUAGACUCAUUAAUGCCAGCCCCAUAUUCUUACCUCUUUUCUUCUACACAAUUGAUAAAAUUCAGCUCAGUUCUCAACCAUAAUGAAAAUACCAUCUUCCAAAAGUGAUACCAAUCUCCCUUAUUCUGUCUUUUCAAUAACAACAUAAAUUAUUGCAAUAUGAUAGCUGUAAUUUUAGCCUGCAGCAAUCUCUGUUCUGCCUUAUUCAUCUAUUUACCUCAUUUGUCUGCUGUAUUUCUUCUUUUACUUUAGCAACAUAAUCAAAAUUUCAGAAUAUAAGUUACAUAUCCGUGUAUGUGUUAUAAUUGUGCAAUCCAGUAUAUCAUCUGCUUUGCAUUUUCCUAUUCUAGUUUGUACUUGCCUUCAACCUACACUGGACUUCAGUCUUCAUGAAGAUUCCCCCUGUACAUGUGGUUUAUUGCCAUGUCUCCAGCGUCUAUCAUAGUUCUUGCCACCUUAGGUCCUUGAAAGCUUUUUUAUUAUUUCCUCAUUUAAGCUAAGUAUAGGAAAGCCAUAUGUAUGUCAUACUUUAUCUAUUUAUCUCUCGAAGAGGUACAUAUGUUUUUAAAUCUAAUCUAAUUUAAUUUAUAUUUCAAGUUGAUUAAAAUUUACUUUAGAAGGUUCUUCAAGAAUCUAUAAUAUAACUGGUAACAUUCUGACCUAUUCUGUGCUAAGAUGUAUGUGUAUUUGUUCUGUGAAAAAUCCCAAUGCAGAUAUGAUAACUUGUUAACACCUGAUUUUUUAAGUCAUUAAACCCUCUCAACAACCAAGGAGUCCCUAAAGCAAUACUUAUUUUUUCUUUCUUUUCAAACAUGUGGCACAGGAAGGUUAAAAAAUAUGUUUGAUGCCUGAUGGGUAAACAGCAAAUCUGGUGAUAGAGUUGGAACCUGAAUAGCAUGGUCUAAACUACCCUUAAUUCUCUAUGCCUAGAGCAGAACAUAAUUUUACCUGUGCUGGUAAUGAGAAAAUUCCUUGCUAUGUAGAUAUUUAGUGAAUUUUAUGAUAUAUAAAAUAUACUUCAAUAAAAUUGCUUUAAAAUAAAAGUGAGGGUGCUACAUGAUCAAAUACAAUAAGCUAUGUUUCUAUAACCAGAAGAAAUAUUUCACCUGUCUAUUUUUGGAUGGGGCUAGUUAAGUUGCUUUGAUCAGAUUCCAGGUAAUGCAGCUUACUCUGUUUAUAUAUAUUUAAUCACAGGCUCCUGGAUAUCGAAACUAUAGUUUGUCCAUCCUUUUAGUUGAAGGGAGCGUAGGUGAAUGAGCCAUAGGUUAAUAGGACUAUUUCCUGGGAACUCUAAAAACAUGGCAUGUAUAAAAUUGAGCAUACCAAUUAGAUUUGGAUCUUCUUACCUGAGAAAAUUCUCAAUCAAUCAUGGACUCUAUUAACCUGAGUCUGGGAAGAUUCAAUUGUUAAUCUAUUUCUUCCAUGUGGAGCCAAGUUAAAUGAUUUCUUUAAGCUUAUUUACUUAUUACUUAUUUGCUAUUAGUAGUGUAUCUAAGUAUAACUAGUGAAAAAAUUGCAAGGAUCCGACUUAGAGAAAAAUAUAUUUCUAAAAGCUAAGGGGACUUAAAGUUAUUUCCUCAGAAAACUCAUCUCUGAAACUCAGUCUGCAUUACUUUUCCAUAUCAUUCUUAUGUUCUCUUUCAGAAAAAGUGUCUCAUUUUCUUCUUAGCUUGCAUUGCUUGUGGUAAUUUUAUGAUCAUUUGAACGUCUACUCUGUACAUUUCCCUUGCUUCAAUGGACUAUAAGCUCGAGUAGAGAAUACACACUCAAAUAUUUAUAAUGAUUAUACCAAACACCCUUGGUUUCUCAUGCCACAUUCUUUCAGACUACCUCCCGUUUCUCAUUUCAGCAGACUUGAGGCACAUUUAUUAGCUGUGUGCAAGCUGAGAGUCAACUUGCAUUGAAGGUGUUACACUUCAAAUUUCCAGCAAGUGCUUUGCACUUUCACUCUGGAAACUUCUCCACAAUUUCAGAUGCUCAUUUGGCUUAUGUACAGUCAGCUCAAAGAAUUCUUGCUCUUGGGGUCACCUUUACCCAGUAACAGUGAAAAUUGUGUGUAAUGCCACCUCAUCCUGUCACACAGGACAGCCAUCUUGGGAAACAUCAUAUGCACUUCUGAGGAAGUGCUGGUAAAAUUGAACCACCAUUGCUCAUACCAGCUUUUCAAUAACAUACUCCAAUAUUAGCUUUUCCGUCUUCGUAUUUUGACUCAAAUUUGUAAACAUUACUAAAAAAUUAACAGCUUAAAUGAAGAUAAAACAAUAAAGUCCUUUAGAAAACUAUUUAUGUUUGCUGAGUGCAGUGGCUCAUGCCUGUAAUCCCAGCACUUUGGGGAGCUGAGGUGGGUGAAUCACUUCUGUUCAGGAGUUUGAGACCAGCCUGGGCAACAAGGAGAAACCUCAUUUCUGCAGAAAAUACAAAAAUUAACUGGGCAUGGUGGUGUGUGCCUGAAGUUCCAGCUACUUGGGAGGCUGAGGCAGGAGUAUUGCUUGGGUCCAGGAGGUUGGGGCUGCAGUGAGCCUUGAUUGUGCCACUGUACGUCAGCCUGGGCGACAGAGAGAGAUUGUCCCCCAAACUACCACCACCACCAAUGAACAAACAAACAAAAACUUUGACAACUUUUAAUGGUCAAAAAAUAUUGUAUAUAUUAUUGUGUACAAGUUACUUUGAAUGUAUGUGUGUGUGUAUAGCGAAAUGCCUAAAUUGAGCUAGUUAACAUAUAUAUUACCUAACAUAUUUAUUUGUGUGUGUGUGGUGAGAACACUAAUCCAAUAGAUUUUUAUUACUAUAGUUACCAUUUGUACAAUAGAUUGUUUUUAACUUAUUCCUUCUAUCUAAUUAAAAUAUUAUAUCCUUUGACCAACAUCUCCUCCCACACGCCCAGCUGCAGAUAAACACAAUUCUACUGUCUACCUCUGUGAGUUCAGCAUUUUUAGAUUCCACAUAUAUGUGAGAUCAUGUAGUAUUUGUCUUUCUGUGCCUGGCUGAUUUCAUGUAAUAUAAUGUCCUAUAGGUUCAUCUGUAUUGUUGCAAAUUUUUAAAUCUAAAUAUUAUUCCAUUGUGCACAUAUACCACAUUUUCUUUAUCCAUUCUUCUAAGCGAUGGACACCUAGGUUAAUCUAUAUCUUGGCUAUUGUGAAUAAUGCUACAAUAAACAUGGGAGUGCAGAUAUUUCUUUGACGUGCUGAUUGUAUUUUUUGAAUAUAUACCCGCUAGUGGUAUUGCUGGGUCAUAUGGUAGUUCAAUUUUUAAUUUUUUGAGGAAGCUUUAUACUGUUUUCCAUAAUGACUGUACUAAUUUACAUUCUCAUAAACAGGAUGUAAUGGUUCACUUUCCUCCACAUCCUCUCCAACAGUUAUCCCUUCUCUUUUUGAUAGUAACUAUCCUAACAAGUAUGAGGUGAUAUCUCACUGUAGUUUCUCUGCAAUUUGAUGAUUUGUAAUUUUGAACACUUUUUCAUAUACCUGUUGACCAUUUUUAUGUCUUCUUUUGAGAAAUGUCUAUUUAGAUGCUUUGCCU